UUUCUCUGCUCUUAUUACACACGCUUUUUUUCGCCGACGUGAACCCUUACGUGAACCCUUUAGCGAUGGACCGCAACAAAGUAUCGUCCUCUGAAAAUUCCUCUAGACUCAAUCCACUCAGCUACACGCGCUCCCCUACCCCGGGUCCUGGCCACGCCAAUCGACCUUCGCUUUCGAGUCUUGCAAACGCCAAGGGAUCCAAGGCCGCCGCGAGCAUCACCUUGUUGAUACAGCUGUGCUCGUUCCCCUUCUCCCGCAAUUCCACAGGGACCACCACGUCCAACGCCUUUUCCGCCGCCAUUCUCACGUUGUCCUUCCCUUCCACCAACCGCCCUCCCAUCAGCGCCCCGUACAACCGAAAGGGCAGGAGCAUCCCCCUCGACACCUCCAAGGCCUCUGGCGCCAACACCGCUAGACGUGUCCUCACGGGCUCGGCCCAUGCACCCAGCAUUUGCGCUUUCCAACACAACAGGCCCCACCCUAAACCGUCACUAGAAACCCGCAAACCCCUCCCACCCUGCAUGUACGCCGCUGCCAACACUUCCAUAUCCGCCUGUUCGGCAACAAUGGGACUCAGCGAGCGUUCCUGACUACCACCGGCUUCCUCCGCCAGUUCCUUGCGACCCCCUC